UUCAAGGAACACCGCUCCAUACAUACACUGUUGUUAGCGACGUAGCCACUACGGUCAAUUUCAUUUUUGACAUUUCCAUUUGCGACCGCUUCUCAGAAGUUCACUUUUCGGUCAACGCCAGGUUAAUGUACGCGUAGCGGCUUAGUGUUUGGGCUCCGUUACACUGGUGUGUGAAGUUGUAGCUGGUGGCAGUCCUGCGGGCCCCUUUGAGCAUGUGUAUACAAUGAAGAGGCGUGUGGAGGAUCAGGAACCAAUAUUUGCGCCCCAGCAACAGCAGUCACGUCGCCCCCCAGUUCAGGGUAUUGCAGAGAGCUUCCAGCACCGGGCCCUCGCCCCGGCCCCUACUGUGAUAGAGGCAGCCACAGACAGCAUGCAGCCAUCCACAGGCAUCCAGUAUUCUCUCCCCCAGGGCUACCAGGUGCCUACAAUGCCCCAGAGCACAAGUGGACAUGGACAAGGACAUGGACACAACAAUACAGCACCUCAUGUUGGUCCCCACACACACAGUCUUGCAGUUCAGUCGCAGGGUCCUGCAGUGGUCCAAGGUCACGUUCAUCCACCCGCACCCAUAACUUCUACUCAAGGACAGCAGCAAUUUCAGCGACUGAAGGUUGAGGAUGCCCUGUCCUAUCUGGAUCAGGUGAAGCUGCAGUUUGGGAAUCAGCCACAAGUUUAUAAUGAUUUUCUUGAUAUAAUGAAAGAGUUCAAGUCUCAGAGCAUAGACACUCCUGGAGUCAUCAACCGCGUGUCCCAGCUCUUCAAGGGCCACCCAGACCUCAUUAUGGGUUUUAACACUUUCUUGCCUCCUGGAUAUAAGAUUGAGGUUCAAACCAACGAUCUAGUCAAUGUGACCACGCCAGGUCAGAUCCAUUACAUCACCCCUCAUGGUAUUUCUGUUCAAAACAUCCCUGCAAGUGGAGCUUCCAGCCAACCUGCAAGUCAUCAGCAGCACCAGAGUCUGCCACAGGCUGGCCCACACACUGCCACCACCCCACCCAUCCCCACCCAACCUGCCCCAAAUAAAACCAGCAAGCCAAUACAGUCUCCAGCCCAUACACCCACCAGCCAGCCCAAUCCAUCCAUCCCAUCGUAUGCCUCACCGCGCUCACCUUCGGUUCAGUCCCACACUCCUGUGAGCAGCACGCCGUCUGGUGGGCCACCUCUCCAGAACAACCAGCCUGUGGAGUUCAACCAUGCUAUAAACUAUGUCAACAAGAUCAAGAACCGUUUCCAGGGUCAGCCAGACAUCUACAAAGCCUUCCUGGAAAUCCUGCACACAUACCAGAAGGAACAAAGAAAUGCUAAAGAGGCAGGAGGUAACUACACUCCAGCACUGACUGAGCAGGAGGUCUACACUCAGGUGGCAAGGCUCUUCAAGAACCAGGAGGACCUGCUCUCAGAGUUCGGACAGUUCCUGCCAGAUGCAAAUAGCUCAGUGCUACUGAGCAAGACUACACCAGACAGGGCAGAGUCUGUGCGUAAUGAUCAUGGCGGGACAGUAAAGAGACCUUUAUUGAACAACAAACAGAGGCUGAAUCAGAAUGGCCUGCCGAUCAGAAGACCUGCUGGAGUGGGAGCCACACAGCCUGUCAAGAAGAAACCCAAAAUAAUGGGGAAGGACCAUGGCAUGACUGAAGUCAGCAAACAUAGCACCAGCACUGAAACUAUGUUCUUUGAGAAGGUGAAGAAGGCUCUCCGGAGCUCUGAGGCGUAUGACAACUUCCUGCGGUGUCUGCAUGUCUUCAAUCAGGAAGUUAUUUCUCGUGCUGAGCUUGUCCAAUUAGUCAUCCCGUUUCUUGGAAAAUUCCCAGAGCUUUUUACUUGGUUUAAAAACUUCCUGGGCUACCGAGAGUUUAGUCAUGGGGAACCAAGCCAUUCGGAGAGUUUACCCAAGGAGCGUGCAACAGAGGGCAUCGCCAUGGAGAUUGACUAUGCCUCCUGCAAGAGGCUGGGAUCCAGCUAUAGAGCCCUGCCGAAGACCUACCAGCAGCCCAAGUGCACAGGAAGGACACCACUGUGCAGAGAGGUUCUGAAUGACACAUGGGUGUCGUUUCCAUCAUGGUCUGAGGAUUCUACAUUUGUGAGCUCCAAGAAGACUCAAUAUGAGGAGCACAUUUACAGAUGUGAGGAUGAGCGCUUUGAGCUGGAUGUUGUGUUGGAAACCAACCUUGCCACGAUACGAGUCCUGGAGACAGUGCAGAGGAGGCUUUCACGGAUGUCAGCUGAGGAGCAGCUGCGCUUCAAGCUGGACAACACAAUGGGUGGCUCCUCAGAGGUCAUUCACCGAAAAGCUAUCCAGAGGAUAUAUGGAGACAAGGCCCAUGACAUCAUUGACGGGCUCAAGAGGAACCCAGCUGUGUCUGUCCCCAUAGUGCUUAAAAGAUUAAAAAUGAAGGAGGAGGAGUGGAGAGAAGCCCAGAGAGGCUUCAACAAAAUCUGGCGGGAGCAGAAUGAAAAAUAUUACCUGAAGUCACUUGACCAUCAAGGCAUCAACUUUAAGCAGAAUGACACCAAAGUGUUGAGAUCAAAGACCUUGCUGAAUGAAAUUGAGUUGCUAUAUGAUGAUCGCCAGGAGCGAGCAUCAGAGGAAACUGCCACACCACCACCUAGUGGCCCGCACAUGACCCUGACCUAUGAUGACAGCCAGAUCCUGGAAGAUGCUGCUGCCCUCAUCAUCCACCACGUCAAAAGACAGGUGGGCAUCCAGAAAGAAGAUAAGUACAAGAUCAAACAGAUCAUCCAGCACUUCAUCCCUGACCUGCUGUUUGCCCGACGAGGGGAGCUCUCUGAUGCAGAGGAAGAGGAAGAAGAGGAGGAAGAAGACAUGGAGAUGGAUCAAGAUGGCCCCAAGAAGCACAAUGGCCUGCCAGGCUGCAGCCCAUCAAAGUCCAAGCUCCUUUUCAGCAACACGGCAGCUCAGAAGCUACGGGGCACAGAUGAUGCUUAUAACCUGUUCUUCGUAAACAACUACUGGUAUAUCUUCCUUCGUCUUCACCACAUCCUCUGUUCUCGUUUGCUGAGAAUCUAUGGGCAAGCUGAGAAGCAGAUUGAAGAGGAUGCCCGUGAGCGAGAGUGGGAAAGAGAAGUGUUGGGGAUCAAAAGGGAGAAAAAUGAUAAUCCAGCAAUCCAACUGAAAAUGAAAGAGCCAAUGGAUGUUGAUGUAGAGGAUUAUUACUCAGUGUUUCUGGAAAUGGUGCGCAACCUUUUGGAUGGAAACAUGGAGCCGGCUCAGUACGAGGAUUCCCUGAGAGAAAUGUUUACUAUCCAUGCCUACAUUGCCUUUACCAUGGACAAACUCAUCCAAUGCAUUGUCCGGCAGCUCCAGCAUCUUGUUACUGAUGAUGUAUGUGCACGUGUAACGGACAUGUACCUGAGCGAAAGUGCCAAUAAAGCCACGGGGGGCACACUGUCCACACAGACAUCCAGGGCCACAGCAGAGGGGGUCUACCAGCGCAAGGCAGAGCAGCUUAUGCCAGAUGAGAACUGCUUCAAGUUGAUGUUCGUAAAGAGCAGAGGAUCUGCCAGUCUGGCCAUUGAGCUGCUGGACACAGAAGAGGAGAACUCUGAUGAGCCAGCAGAAGCAGAGAGGUGGUCAGACUAUGUGAGCAGAUACCUGAACUCAGAUUCUGCAUCCCCAGAGCUUCGUGAACAUCUGGCCCAGAAGCCGGUGUUCCUCCCCAGGAAUUUGAGAAGGAUAAGGAAGUGCCAGAGAGGAUGGGAGCAAAUGCAACAGGAGAGAAUGACCAAGGCCCCCACAGACAAGUCACAGGACGGUAACAGUGAUCUGAAGAUGGAGUGCAUGUUCAAGCUAAACUCCUACAAGAUGGUGUAUGUCUGCAAGUCAGAAGACUAUAUGUACAGGCACACAGCACUCACACGGGCUCACCAGUCUCAACAGCGGGUGAACACACGCCUGCACAGACGCUUUCAGGCCUGGCUGGACACCUGGGCCAAAGAGCAUGUGACCAGUGACAUGGCUGCCGACAGCGACAAGUGGCUGAUGGGAGAUGGACAAGAAGGCCUGUUGUCCUGCACCACCACUUGCAGCCCUGAGGUCCUCCAUUAUCUCAACAUAAACAAGUAUCGGGUGAAGUACAAAACACUGUAGUCUCUCUAAUCUAAGGAAAAACUGUGGCAGCGACCGUUGUUAUACAACAAAAUACCAGUGAUGACUUAUACACAGUAGCUUCAUGUGGAUUUCUCCAGCCUGCCAUUACUGGAUUCAGUUGCCAAAAUUUUUUGGGUUGUCAAUCCAUGAUUCAAACGGGAUGUGAAUUUUCCACUUUUUACAAAUAUGUCUGAGCUGAUUCUGGAACUUCGUCAUAACUUUCAAGCUUACACUGCAAAUUCUGCAAUUUAUGUGAAAUAAUAGUUGGUUGACAGGUGUUGCUGUCACUAUACUGGAAAAACCCACCUCUCUCAGUAAUCCCGUUAUAAAAUUAAAUGCAGAUUUUUACAUGAGAUGACUAUUUGGGGAAAACACUCCUUACUGCAUCUUCUUUUUGGAGCAAUUAACAGUUUAAAAAAAAAAAAAAAAACCUUUAAGCAUUUCAUAGCAAAAACUUAGCAACUUAACAAUUAGUUAAGUUUUUUUUGAGGACCACCUCAUCAUUUUACAGGAAAUAAAAACAAACAACCUCAGCUUUUCUCUUUAGGUAGCAAGAUUAAGUACCUGUUACCUCGGUUAAAAUGUAUGUACUCGGACUUGGAGCUUAAUCUGGCUUCCAGCUGUAAACUUGUAUAGCCUGUGAAUGUUUUCCUUUUUGGAGGUGAAGGUGCA